CAGCAAUAUCAGAAUGCCUCAAAAUUGGAACAGUUUGUGACACGUUUUCUGCUGAAGGAAACACUGAACCAGCUGCAGUCUCUCCAGAACUCAUUAGAAUGUGCCAUGGAAACUACGGAGGAACAGACGCGCCAGGAAAGGCAAGGACCUACAAAGCCACAUGUGCUUUCAAUUCCAUGGACAGGAAAACGAUCCAAUCGAAGACUUCAGAGAAAUAACAGUUUUUCACCUAACAGCCCUCAGUUUAACAUUGGUAUAUUUUGCUUGUUAGACGAAGACAACCAGUGGAUGACCCAGAUAAACAGACUUCAGAAACUAAUUGAUAGGCUGGAAAAAAAGGACCUAAAGCUGGAGCCCCUGGAGGAAGAGAUCUUAGAAGGAAGCACAAAAUCUCACAUAAUGAUUGUUCAGCGUCAGUUGACUGUGCUAAUAGAGGAGCUAGAAGAAUUUCGCCUUUCUUUGAAACACUACGUAGAUUCUGUUUCAGCUCAGUCAGGCUGUCUACAUGUGUCCAUUCAGAAACUUUCCAACGAGUCCAGAUACAUCAUUUAUGAGUUUUGGGAGAAUAGUAAUAUAUGGAAAAACCAUCUCCAAGCUAAUUACAGCAAGACAUUUCAGCGGAGCAACGUUGAUUUCCUGGAAACACCAGAGCUGAUGACUACGAUGCUCGUACCUGGUUUGUAUAAUUAUCAUCACUGCCUUCAUGAACAGUAUUAUAUGCUAUUGCACAGACUAUUGUGA